CAUUGUCUGUGCUCUGAACUUCCUAUUGGGAGAGAGAGAGAGAGAGAGAGAGGGUUUACUAGGUGGAGAUGUUGGGAGUGUUCAGUAGUUCGAUCGUGUCGCCGCCGGAGGAGCUGGUGGCAGCCGGCAGCCGGACUCCGUCGCCGAAGAUGACGGCGACGGCGCUGCUGAACCGGUUUGUGGAGUCCAAUGCCUCCGCGGUGUCCGUGCAGGUCGGAGACCACGUCCAGUUGGCCUACACUCACCAUAAGGAGUCCCCGUUGUUGCCCAGGUCGUUUGCAGUGAAGGAUGAGGUAUUCUGCUUGUUCGAGGGUGCGCUCGACAACUUGGGAAGUUUAAGGCAGCAAUAUGGGCUGGCCAAGUCUGCGAACGAGGUGAUUUUGGUGAUCGAAGCGUACAAGGCACUCCGUGAUCGAGCGCCGUAUCCUCCCAACCAUGUUGUUGGCCACCUAAGCGGGAAUUUUGCUUUCGUAGUCUUCGACAAGUCUACCUCAACCCUCUUUGUUGCUUCUGACCAAUAUGGUAAGGUUCCUCUCUAUUGGGGAAUCACUGCUGAUGGAUAUGUCGCCUUCGCUGACGAUGCGGAUUUGCUUAAAUGUGCUUGUGGCAAGUCACUUGCUUCUUUCCCUCAAGGAUGUUUCUUCUCUACAGCAGUAGGAGGACUGAGGAGCUAUGAGAAUCCUAAGCAUAAGAUCACUGCGGUGCCUGCUGCUGAAGAAGAGAUCUGGGGUGCAACAUUCAAGGUGGAAGGGGCAUCAGUUGUCGCAGCCACAGAGUAGAAGAUUUUCCUUGAAUGGCGCAAGGUCGAACAUCAUCUAUAUAUACUCCUGAGGUUGAGAGGUUUUUAUAUGGCAAGGCAUGGAAUCAUGGAUGAAGGGCCAUGUAAAUACCCUGAAUGAGUGAGAGUCUGUUGGUAGACUUGGUUUUUAUGUGUAGUUUGCCUUUAGUUAGCCUCCUUUGCUCUAAAGCUUUAACCAAUGUACAGCUGCCCUUUCUAGUGUAAUAAAAGUCGGUUUGAGGAUUUGACAUCCA